AUGUCUGACGUCGAUGACGAGCUUCUCGCCCUCGCGGGCGGAGACGUCUCCUCUGACGAGGAAGAGCGCUCCAUUGUCAGCCGCGGCGAGUCGGAGUCGCCCGCACCGCCCAAGAGAUCCACAAAGGGAACAACGAAGAGGACCCCGGUGAAGAAGACCAAGCGACGGGCCACGCCGGGCGAUUCGGAGGAGGAGGAAGGAGAGGCCUCUGAUGCGCCGUCCUCGCCGAGCUCACAGCAGUCCGCCCCGAUGGACGAAUCCGACUCUGAUGCGGACGUCGCUCCUAGCGGAUCAUACGAUGAGGAAAACAAGUACCCGGUCGAGGGACUUUACGCCAGCUUGGCGGAGAAGGAAGAGAUCUCCAAGAUGCGCGAGUUCGAGCGAGAGCAGAUCAUCGCCGACAGAGUCCAGGAGAAGGAGCGCAUCCACCAGAACCGCCUUCUGCGGCAGCUUGUCAGCAACGACGAGCAGCGUAAGAAGCGCACCGCCAGUGCCGCUGGCCUCGAGGACGGCCAGCGCAAGACCUCGCGCGUCCGCACAAAGGUCGGUGGCACCAAGGUCGGCGAGACCAACUCGGCCCUUGACACCCUCAGGAACCGCAGGGCAGAGAAGAACGAGCGUGUCCGGCGCAGAGAGGAGGAUCGAGAGCGGCGGCGAGACCGGUCGCCUUCCUACAAGGAUGACUACGAAGAGGGUGAUGAGAGCGAGGUGGAGUGGGCAACGUCCAAGUCCAAGGCGAGAUCGCAUUCACCGGCGGCCAAGGACAUCCCUAUGGCAACUCUUGAAGAUGUCGAGCGUGUUCGUCUCAGCAGGAGCCGAUUCGGUCAAGUCUGCUUCUACCCCGGCUUUGCCAAGGCCAUCACGGGCUGCUUUGUGCGCAUCUCUAUCGGAGCGAACGAUGCUGGCGAGCCCCAGUACCGCAUGGCGAUCAUCAAAGGUUUCACGACUGGCAAGGCCUAUGCAAUCCCCGGCUUGCAGGGCCAGCAGUUGGUUACCGAUCAGUAUUGCAUAGCAGCUCACGGCAAGUCCUCGCGAGAGUGGCCCUUUAUUGCCUGCUCAGACAGUCCCUUCACGGAACAAGAGUGGUCGAGAUACCAGAAAGUCUGCCAGGGCGAGGGCGUUGCGCUGCCCAAGCGUCCGGCCCUGCUCAACAAGGCAGAUGAUAUCAACUCGCUCAUCAAGCGGGACUGGAACGAGCACGAGCUCGCAGACAAGCUGAGGCGCCAGUCGGAGCUGAGGAAUCAGUUUGACGGCACCGAGCGGAAGCGCCUCGAGAAGGAGCUGGAGAGGGCCAAGAACCUGGGACAGGAGGCAAAGGUGGCCCAGCUGCAGGAGCAGCUCGACAACCUCGAGACGCCGCGCCUCGCCUUCCGCACGUCCCUGACGCCGGCCAAGAAGAACGGCGCCGAGAGCAGCACGCCGUCGCAGCAGGAGCGCCUCGCGCAGCUCAACGCCGAGAACCGGCGGCGCAACGCCGAGGCGGUGCGCAAGGCGCAGCUCAAGGAGCGGGCCAAGGCGCGCGAGAUCGAGAAGAAGCUCGAGCGCGGCGAGGCCGUCGAGGAGGACACGUCGAGGCGGCUGCGGACCAAGGCCAAGUUUGUGCACGACAUCAACGACACGGGCGAGAAGAAGCCGGGCGGCAGCCAGACGGCGAGCGGCGCCAGCACGCCGGCCAACGGCGCGGGCACGCCCAAGCUCGGCGCGCAAAAGGGCUCGUCCUCGUCGCUGCUGCCGCACCUGGCUAAGCUGCAGCAGCAGAAGGCGGUGGACAAGAAUGGUAUCCCUACGAUUCACAAGCCGCUCAUGGACGACGACAUCAUUGGCGCGCUGGACCUGGAUAUCGACGAGGAUAUCCUGGUUUAG